AUGGCUCAAAAUCAGCCAGCCGUGAUCUGCGUCUUCUGCGGAUCAACUCCAGGCAAAUCCCCCGAGCACCUGGAAGCCGCAAGAAAACUCGCGCAAGAAUUCCACAAGCAUAAUGUCCAACUCGUCUACGGAGGUGGCACAAUAGGCUUAAUGGGAGAGAUAGCCAAAACGCUUGUCUCGCUAUCUGGCCCACAAUCCGUGCACGGCUUCAUUCCUCGGGCGCUUAUCAGAAGAGUGAAGAAGAGCAACGAUGCGCCUUUCACCAACGGCGCAGGCAAGGUUGCCGAGCGCAUCAUCGACGAUGAAGCUUUAGACCAGGAUCAUAUUCCAGAGUCGGAGUUCGGAGUUACGACGAUCGUGGAGGAUAUGCAUACGCGCAAACGACUCAUGGCCGAAAAGGUGUCGAAGGGAGGACCUGGAUCGGGGUUUGUUACGUUGGCGGGCGGCUUUGGGACUAUCGAGGAGAUUAUGGAGAUGACGACUUGGAACCAGCUUGGUAUUCACAGUGGUGGUAUCGUUGUGCUCAAUAUUCGUGGAUAUUGGGACGCGUUAUUUACAUGGAUACGCAGUGCGGUCGAGGAGGGGUUCAUCAGUGCGGAGAAUGCGGCGAUCCUGGUUGAAGUCCAGGAUCCCAAGGAGGUUUGGCCGCGCUUGGUCGAGUAUCAGGUGAGUAGCGGUCGGAUGACUCUUGACUGGGGAAAAUAA